CGGAUGAGAAGGGAAAAAAGUACAAUCUGUAACCUAUAAUUAUAAGUUUUUUCUCCGCUUCGCGUUCAGUUGUGCUUUCGAAGGCAGAGAUCGUUGACGACGACCGAACGAGCGAACGAACGUGUUCGCGCGCCUUGCUUGAGGAGAUUUUGGAACGGAACGGCUCGGUUUCGUGAGUGUGUGAGUUUUGAUCUGGUUGGCUGGAUAGUUCGGGCGCACUUCGGGCCCUCGGAUUCGGAUCAAGUUGUGUGCUUUUUUUUUUGCUGUCGUCGGUGUCGGGGAACACGAGAAAAGGAGAGUGCCUAUACGCGAAUCAUCGAUUUUUCGGGGCUUGCACCGUCGCCGUUUCUCUACUAGCUCUUUCCACGCCUCUCGCCACCGCCCUGUCCAACAACAAAACCGUUUUCUGGUUCCACGUUCCGCGGCAUGGUGUGCGUUUUGUAUCUCUCUACCCCCUAGCCUAUGAAGUCCGGGGCCUAAUGAACGCCAGUGAGAAGAGGACUUAAUAAUAGUGUUUAGAGUUUAAUUUCUGCUUCUCUCAUCAAGAGCAUCUCGGCAGCGGCCGCGGCAACAACCAACAUCAACGGCAGCUAGCAGCAGCACGGCUCGCGGAUGCUGUGUGUACCAAGUGGCCAAGUGGCAGAAGAAGUUUUAGGCAGGUAACCUUCCGACGAUCUUUGCGUGGCCAGGCCAGGGCCUGGGUUUGUUAAUUCGAGGAAGAAAAAUUGAACACCACGCGCCCGCUAAAUUCUCGGACCGUUGCGGGCCCAGAAGAAGAUUAUCCAGUCCGGAUGCCCCGGUCUUUACUGGUUUCGUUUGUUGUUAUGUGUGUACUACUGCCUCGAAGAAAUCCGCGCGCGCUGAAUUACACGGUUUGGCGCUAAUCGCAGCAACCCGAUUCGGGUCUUCCGGAUUAAGCAGCAAUGAGUGCGCACCCCAUGUGAUCCAAACAUCUGUGUUCUGUGACCCCUUGUGCUCGUGUAACAACUGUCCAUGUAGCAUGUGUACAAACCCCCCACUGAAAAAAAAGGUAGCCAAGAAUACCGCAACAGCAACAGUAGUGUAUAAUUAACCGAAACGAGUGAAUUACCCGUGAUAACACUCUUGGAUUAAAGUGAUACCUCAAAGCCUACUACAAUAAAACAACAGCAACAACAACCAAACGACACAAAUCGACCAUCGAUCAAGUGACCAUCGAUAAAGAACCGACGCAAACGAAGUGUUGUGUUUAGAGUGUGUGAUCAUCAAAGUAAACAAGGAUUAUACCAAACGUCAGAAGAGAACAAAAACAAUAGGGAAACAGCACCCUAGAAACGCUGUAGUGAGUGCGACAACAGAACAACUUUGGGACGGAGUCACCUCCGUCAAGAUGAUGGCCUCACCGAGUUUUAUGACCCAGUAUCAUCACAACCAUCAUCAUCACCAUAAUCUGCAUCAUCACCAGUGGAAUAGCAGCAGCCACCAUCAUCACCAGGCACAGUUAUCGCCCCUGAACAUCCUCCCGUACCAGUACCCGCCACAGCCUAGUUCCGUUAGCAGCCUCGGUUCGGUGGCCUCGCUCGGAUCGGCCGGACUUUCACCGACUCAAUCGAUCGCUUCGUCCAACGGCGGUGGCACCGGAUCGGCUGCCAGUAGCAGUUUUAGCACAUCCGGAUCCGGAACCCUCGUCGGCGGAGCCGGAACAGCAGGACAGGUGGUCCCACUAGGAGCCGGUAGCAGUGGAAGUGUUGGUACCGGAAGUAACGCCGCUAGUCCCGAUAUCGUUGUGCCCCCUUCGGCAGCUUCGGCAGUCAUUCCGACAGUAGCCGGAUCUUCGGCGACUAGUGCUGCCGUUGCGGCGGCAGCCGUUGCAGCCACGACGGCGUACGGAUUCAGUGCAGCGGCCAUGGUCCAGCAGAACCCGGCCACGGCCGCCGCACUCGAGAUGACCGCCAGGUCCCAGCAGAUGCACUACCCGUCGUACCAGUACCCGGCCAGUUACUACAACAACAUGGCCGGCAAUCCGUGGUUCCAGGAGUCGAUGUACCAGGGUUGGCCCGGGGAAGCGUACGGCCUGAAGCUGGAGGAUUACUCGCACCAGACGGCGGCCCAGAGGCGCUGUGCCCGUUGUACCUGCCCGAACUGCAUCAACGAGCUUUCGGGACUGCCUCCGGUUGUCGGUCCGGAUGAGAAGGGCAAGCGGCAGCACAUAUGUCACAUUCCGGGCUGCGAGAAGAUCUACGGCAAGACUAGUCACUUGAAGGCGCAUCUGCGGUGGCACACCGGGGAAAGGCCGUUCUUGUGCAAGUGGUUGUUCUGCGGGAAGCGGUUUACCCGGUCGGAUGAGUUGCAGCGGCACUUUAGGACGCACACGGGCGAGAAGCGGUUCACGUGUAAUAUCUGCAGCAAGAAGUUUAUGCGAAGUGACCAUUUGGCGAAGCACGUGAAGACGCACGAGAACAAGGCGAAAAAGUUGGCGAAGAAGAGCGAAAAGGCCGAGGAGGCUAAGAUGAAGAAGGAGGUGGGACGGGUUGAAGGUAAACGAAUGGGUGGUGAAGUGAAGGGUCAGUUGACGGGGAAAGUGAAGAAGCAGAAGAUUGCGGAUGAGCAGCAGCAGCAGGUUGAGGAUAUCAAUGCGAACAUUCGGAUGCCACAGAUCAAGCAAGAGAAGGGUUACGAGAGUAGUCCGUCGACGACGACGGGGAAAUCGUCAAUGUUUGGGAGCGAUUACGGUGGUCAAGGAACGGGCAGCUACCAGUCUUCCGCCAUGAACUAUCAUCAUCCGUCGUCGUACUUCCAGAGCGCAUUCCUGCAGGACGCUAGCAACUUGGCGCAUCAGAGCAAGAACCUGUUCCACAAUCCGUACUGCGAUAGCGGGAGCUUCCAGAGCCGCAGCAAUCUGUUCUCUACCUCAGCGAAUACCAGCAGCAGCAGUGGCAUCUCCGGAAGUAGUCUCUGUGACACGACGACGGCUUCGUCAGAUCGACGGAGUAGCAGUAGUAACAACAAUAACAACACCUCCAGCAACAGUGAUGUGAGCAAUAGUCUAGUGAAACUGGAAGAGUACACAAACAGCCAUAGCAGCAGUCUACUGAACAACGAUAACAGUGGUGCCAGCAGCCAUCAGCAGCAGCAACGGAACAGUUCCAACAGCAGUAACCUACUACCUCAAUCGCAAGCACAAGUGUACCACAUCAACCAGGAACUGGCCUCGAACUACGCGGCCUACACCAAUGCCUCCAAGUUGGGAGCCUACCAUCCCCAUCAUCAUCAUCCGAGCCAUCAUCACCCGAGUCAUCAUUUGAGCAGCAGUAACAGCAACAGUGCGGUAAGCAACGCUGGCUACGGCGAAGUGAGCACCGGACACAGCACUAGUGGCCACAGCGAAGUGUCACCCUCGGCCUCAGCUGCCGCCACCUACAACAUGAUGAUGAACCAGUACACAAUCCAUCACCAUCACCAUCAUCACGCGCAGCAACAGCAACAGUCGCAGCAGCAGCAUCAGUCCGACAUCGAACUAUUCAAAUAGACUUGACGUUGAAGCGCGGAAGAAGUGCUGCUAGUCAUCCCCAUCGGUUGAAGUUUGACAGAUACACCCCCGUUCCUCGACUGUGUUAGUUUUUUUUGCGCAACUGAACAAAGCCAAUAUCAUGAGAUUCUACAAUAACACAAAAUGUAUGUGACGUUCCUUUUAGUCCGGGUUGUCCGGCAAUCAAAGUAGCCAUUUGGUGUCGUCGUCGUCGUCGUUUGUUUCGGCGUCAUGGACUGCUUUGUGUUCAUUUUUUAUUAUGUAGUAGCUUUUUUGUUCUUGUUUUAAGUAAACCCAAAAUGCGGCACCGUAACAUACACCGAACGAAAAAAAAAACCAACAACGCAUCCUCUCGCUCUUUCCUUCUUUCAAAGUGUGCCAACUGCAGCACAAAAGAAUAAGCCCGACCGACCGACUGUGUUUAUUAUAUCUGCGAGUUUGAGCGUCACUUUUUUUCCUUCUUUGCGGAUCGAAAGUUAGGCGGCUAGGCGGCUGAAAAGAAGGGAACCGAAACUGUGAAAACUAUUAAAUUAUGUCAUGAUUUAUUUAUGUUCCUCUACAAUUGUCAGUCGUCUCCCUUUCUCUGGUUCUUUGGCCGUUUGUAAGUUUUUGUCUCGUCCAUGGGCCCAAACGGAACAAAGGAAAGUUGGGCCUCUCGCACCAACCCACCCCAAAAAAGGUGCCCUGUGAACCUACGACAAAAAAAAACAGAAUAAAGAAAAAACCGUGAAUCAACUGUGGCGUGCGGUCGUCGUUGCCGCGCGUAAGAAAGCCAUUGAAAGUCGGCAAAAUUAGCAAUUGUAAAAUGUAAUUAAAUUUAUUUAUAUUUUCAUUAAUCAUUCCUCUCACUGAGCCUCGGUCUAUCCUUUUUUCCGCUCGCUCAAACCCGGCCAUUAGCCGCAAACAUCGUUAAAGAGCAACCUAACUAGCACAAAGCAUUGAACAGUGCUAAGGCAAAGACAGCAACGAAAAAAAAAACACAGAAAACCCGUAGCGCUAAUUUAACGUCCACUCAGCAAGCAGUGCCGGUUGAAAAUCUUUUUUUUUUUCAACUUUUUCGCUCUAAAAUUCGCCACAACAUUCACGCGCGCUCGACACUCGUUGCUCAGGCGUAAAGUCUUGGUGAAGCCUAAUUAAUUUGUUCCCAUACCCAUCGUUGCAAUCGUCAAUGGCUUACUUAUGGAAUUUUUCGGUCGGUGGCGGCGGCGCCUUUUGAGAAAGAAAGAGACGACCGAGGACCUAAACCGCUCUAAAAACUUGGUUUCGCAAGAGGAGAAUGUAGUUUUUGUUUACACAUUUUAAUCCCACUAAUGCUGUAUACAUCGGUGAAUCGUAAGCUAGGUUGCAUUUUGUAAAAAGUAUUUUUAACUCGCGCUAAUUGGCAAACUAGCCGGGCGUCACCUUAGUCAAUUCACAAUCACACAAUUAUUCGUGUAAAAAUUACCUGACGAUUUUGUUUCAGUGUGUAUGUCGAAUCGCGCAAUUUGAGAUAUCCAAAACAAAACAAAUUCGUUCCCUCCAGUUUGAAUCGAACAAAACUCAAGUUGAUCGAAAAAUACAAUUUUUGUAAAUAGGUGAAAAUGUAGAAAAACAAACAAUAAUGACGGCAAAAAAGCAUUGUGUAUUUUAUAAAUACUGUAAAUAAUAAACAAAAACAAUUUUGGCUCUGAAAACGUUUUAAACUAUUCACAUUUUUUUCUAAUUCAACAGCAAACAAAACUUUGAUACUAAACCGACACAAAAGUCGUGUGAAAGACGAUGUUCUGAAGUUUGUUGAUAAAAACACUGAAGUAAAUAAAACUUUACAAAACCAACAAAUUUGAUGUAAGUUUCGUACCUUUAAUAGCAAAAAAAAAACAAAAACAAACAAACGAAAAAUGAACGAUCACAAUACUGACAACUGUGCUGAAAGAAAAAAAAACAAAGUGAAAAUAGCCAGAAAACACAGAGACAAACAUGAUAAAAUUAGUCUUUAAGAACACACACACGCAGAGAAAUUGUUCUAUGAAAUCCUCAAAAACGAAAAAUUAUCGAUAACAUUUAUGAAAUUAAUAAAAAUUUAAGCGAAAAAACAACUUAAAAAUCUAGACAAGUAUUAUUGUAAAUAAAACCGAUCACGCCCAUUAAAAUAAAAGAAAAAACAAAACGGCGUGACUAGGAAGUAAAUUUUAAGUCUAUUGAAUAUUAUGAUAAUUGAAUAUUAACUAAUGCAAAUGUUGCAAAUAGACAGAUUAAGAGAGCAGAACAAAACACACAGACAUAAGCACACACACACACACAAAUCUUCGAUGUUAUAUUAUAUAUAUUUAUGAAUUCCAAUUUUGAAAAACAAAGCAAAUAAUAACAAU